ACAGAUAUUUUUCUCCUUCUUCUAAUUUAAAAACCCAACAACCACACUCUUCACUUCACCAUCAUCAUCACUAAACUCGAACCCUAAAGAAAUGGCUGCCAUAGCUUCUACGCUCUCUCUUUCAUCAACAAAACCUCAAAGACUUUUCGAUUCUUCCUUCCAUGGCUCAUCCAUCUCCGCAGCUCCUAUCUCCAUCGGACUCAAAUCACGAUCUUUCUCUGUUCGCGCCACAACCGCUGGUUAUGAUUUGAACGCUUUCACGUUCGACCCGAUCAAGGAAUCGAUCGUGUCUCGUGAGAUGACUAGAAGGUACAUGACUGAUAUGAUCACUUACGCUGAGACUGAUGUUGUCGUCGUUGGUGCUGGAUCUGCUGGUUUAUCUUGUGCUUAUGAGAUUAGUAAGAACCCUAAUGUUCAAGUUGCUAUUAUUGAGCAAUCUGUUAGUCCUGGUGGUGGUGCUUGGCUCGGUGGUCAGCUUUUCUCCGCCAUGAUUGUUCGCAAACCAGCUCAUUUGUUUUUAGAUGAGAUUGGUGUGGCUUACGAUGAGCAAGACAACUACGUUGUGGUCAAGCACGCGGCUCUGUUUACGUCUACCAUCAUGAGCAAGCUUUUGGCUCGUCCUAACGUGAAACUCUUCAACGCUGUGGCGGCUGAGGAUUUGAUUGUGAAAGGAAACAGAGUUGGUGGUGUGGUGACUAACUGGGCUCUUGUGGCUCAGAACCAUGACACACAGUCGUGCAUGGACCCCAAUGUUAUGGAGGCGAAGAUUGUUGUUAGCUCGUGUGGUCAUGAUGGUCCUUUUGGAGCUACUGGUGUGAAGAGGUUGAAGAGUAUUGGGAUGAUUGAUCAUGUUCCUGGGAUGAAGGCUUUGGACAUGAACACUGCUGAAGAUGCGAUUGUGAGAUUGACCAGAGAGGUUGUUCCUGGUAUGAUUGUGACCGGUAUGGAAGUUGCUGAGAUCGAUGGUGCACCGAGAAUGGGACCAACAUUUGGUGCUAUGAUGAUAUCGGGACAAAAGGCGGGACAACUUGCUCUUAAGGCUUUGGGGCUUCCAAAUGCUAUUGAUGGAACUAACGUUGGAAACCUAAGCCCGGAGCUGGUCUUAGCCGCAGCCGAUUCAGCUGAAACCGUAGAUGCUUAAAAUCAAAAGGUUUUAACUAU